AUGGCCACAGCUCGUCGCCCUGUUCACUUCAACCCCAAGGCCAAAUCAUGGACCUCCCCCGCCCCCUCCUCGACGGACGUCAUUGAUCGCUUCCACCAGAGCCUCCCCGACUACCAACCAACACCACUGGUCAGCCUGGAGAGCGUCGCCAAGGAGAUUGGCGUCGCUUCUGUUCACGUUAAGGAUGAGACGAACCGCUUCGGCCUUCCUGCCUUCAAGAUCCUCGGCGCCUCGUGGGGCUCGUUCCGCUCCAUCACACAGAAGCUGGGACUGCCCCUUGACUCUGACAUUGAAGCUGUGCGAAAGGCUGCUGCGUCGCAUCAACUGGUGCUGUACGCUGCUACCGAGGGUAACCAUGGUCGUGCAGUGGCUAGGAUGGGUGCCAUCUUUGGCAUUGGGGCCGAGAUCCAUGUUCCCUCGACUAUGCAUCCAUCUACCGUCAAGCUGAUUCAGUCGGAGGGUGCUACGGUUGUCAUCAGUAAGGGAAGUUAUGACGAUGCCGUCUUGGAAGUUGAGACGGCCUCAAAGCACGAGAAGGGUAUCCUGGUCCAAGACCAUGCCUUUGGUGACUACCAAGAUGUCCCUCAGUGGAUCGUUGAUGGUUAUCUCACCAUGAUGCGCGAGGUAGACUCUCAGCUCGGCUCCUCCACUGCCGACUUUGUCUUUGCCCCUGUCGGUGUUGGCUCCUUCGCUCAAGCCGUCACCUCCCACUUCAAGAGACAAGGCACUUUGACCUCUGUCGUGACCGUUGAGCCAGACACAGCAGCUUGUCUGUGGAAGAGCCUUGAGAGGGGAGAGUUCACAACGAUCCCAACAUCUGGCACUAUCAUGGCUGGCCUCAACUGCGGAGUUCCAUCAACCAUUGCCUGGGACUUGUUGAAAGACGGCGUGGAUGCGAGCAUCACGGUUUCAGAUUUUGAAUCGCACCAAGCUGCUCUGUACCUUCAGUCGCAAGGUGUUGAGGCUGGACCAUGUGGCGCUGCUUCGCUCGCUGCACUCCGCAGACUCACGUCCUCUGACAAGAAAACUCUGGGUCUAGAUGAGAAGUCUGUCGUUGUUCUCUUCUGUACAGAGCGCAACAGAGACUAUGAAAUUCCCCUUGAUGUUUCUGGUGAUGAUCCCGUCGCCCUCACCCAGACCCUUGUCCAGAUCAACUCGGCAAGCCCAACGCUUGGCUCCGUGCCUGGCCCCGGAGAAGUAGCCAUCGCUCGCUAUGUUACGGCUUGGUUGGAGCACCGAGAUCUGGAAUCCCACUGGGUCGAGUAUACCAAGGGUCGUCCGUCGGUUGUUGGUGUCGCACGUGGUUCUGGCGGCGGCAAGAGUUUGAUGUUGAACGGACACGUCGACACCGUUACUCUGAUGGGGUACGAGGAUGAUCCUCUCAGUGGCAAGAUUGUUGAUGGAAAGCUUUAUGGUCGUGGCGCGGCUGACAUGAAGUCUGGCGUCGCAGCCGCAAUGGUGGCUCUCGCCAACGCCAAGAAGCUCAGUCUUCGAGGCGAUGUCAUCUUCACCGGUGUUGCCGACGAAGAAGAUGCCAGUAUCGGAACCGAAGAUGUCCUGCGUGCAGGCUGGCGGGCUGAUGCUGCCAUUGUGUCAGAGCCAACAGACCUCGCUAUUCUCCAUGCCCACAAGGGCUUUGUCGUGCUAGAGCUUACAGUCCACGGUCUUGCGGCACACGGUUCCAGGGCUGAUCUCGGUAUCGAUGCUAUUGUGAACGCCGGGUAUUUCUUGGCCGAGUUUGGAAGAUACGCGAAAUGGCUCCAAGACGGCCCUGCUGAUCCAACUCUGGGAACUGGCACGGUUCAUGCUUCCAUCAUCAGCGGAGGCGAGGAGUCAUCUUCUUACCCUGCACGAUGCACCAUCACCAUGGAACGUCGAACCGUCGAUGGAGAAACACCGGAGACAGUGGAGCGAGAGAUCCGAAAGGUCAUGGCCAAGGUGGCCAGCGAGGUCCCCAGCUUCAAGGCUGACCUGAAGGUCACGUUCAGUCGUCCCGCUCAUUUGACUCCGCUGGACCACCCUUUCACCAAGCUCGUGGCCGAUAUCGCAGGCAAGGCUAUAGGAAAGGACGCUACUUUGGCUGGGGCUACAUUCUGGACCGACUGUGCCCUUCUGUCUCAAGAAGGGAUUGUGCCUUUGCUUUGGGGUCCGAAGGGCGAGGGUCUUCAUGCUAAAGAGGAAUGGGCGGAUGUGGAUUCGAUAAAGAAGGUUACUGAGGGCUUGACGAAUGUUGCUGCCGAGUUCUGCAAAUAG